AUGUCCGACCUGGAGCUUCCUAGCCCGGUUCCCCAUAAAACUCUGGGUGUUCUAUUGAUUGGGCUCACGAUUUCGAGCUCGAUAUACGGGGUGACCUUCGCGCAGGCGGUUCAGUACUACCGACGAUAUUCAUCGGAUUCAAAGGUCCUGAAGGUGUCUGUUGCUGUUGUGUGGGCGCUAGAGACACUGAACCAAGGUCUGACUAUGUUCUCGGUGUAUCACUAUCUAGUCAGGAAUCGAGGGAACUUGGGGGCAUUGUCAUAUACUGAAUGGUCGCUCGCCGUACCUUCUGGGACCAAUGCAUUGGCAGCAUCCAUCAUUCAAUUGUUUGUGAUCUUCUCCUUUUAUCUGUACUCGAUUGCUCAAGCGCACCUGGAUAGCUUUUUUGCAUAUCGAGUGUAUAUCAUGAGUGACAGAAAUUUGUGUCUUACAGGAUCAGUGUGCGCCAUGUCGGUGGCUCAAUGUGCUGUGGCUUUCGCUGUGAUGGUACAGAGUCUAAGAUUCCCCGCUGCCACUGACUACCAUAGAUUCGAGCAUCUCGUUCCCCCGGCCUUUGCUAUUACGGCUGCCACCGACGUUUUCAUCACCGCCAGUCUAUGCUAUUACCUUCAAAUUCGUAAAGCUAGACUUGAAAAGGCAGGUGGUGUCGUGAAUCGUUUGACUCUCUUGGCGAUAAACAAUGGCAUUCUUUCGAGGCAGAUCUUUCACAUUAACCGCUUUCGUGUGUCAGCUAGCUGCAUCGGAUACGAUGCUUCCUUUUGCGAUGUGUUUCCUUCUCGGAAAAGCGUACACGAAUACUCUCCUGUCCAGCUUGAACUCAAGAUCAAGCACAAGGGAGCGUCUGUCUCGACUGAUACCCCUGGAAAUACUGUCGAGCGAUCAACAUAA